ACCAUCCUACUAUGUUCAAUGAUUGUCACGGUCGCGUCAAGCGCGGUAAAUCACCGCUACCUGGCGGGAGAUCCCGUGCCGUUCUAUGCCAACAAAGUCGGCCCUUAUCACAACCCUAGCGAGACGUAUCGGUACUUCGAUCUUCCAUUCUGCUCCCCAGAACGCGCGAAGGAUAAGUUUGAAGCACUAGGUGAAGUUCUGAACGGCGACCGCCUCGUCGAUUCGCCUUACAAGGUCGACUUUCACGUAGAUGUAGAAUCAAAGUCUGUGUGCAGAAAGAAGCUGACGAAAGAAGACGUCGCAAAGUUCAGGAAUGCAGUCAGCAAUGACUACUACUUUCAAAUGUACUUCGAUGACUUGCCCGUCUGGGGAUUCAUCGGUAAAGUCGACAAGGACAGCCAGACCGAUCCGCGAGAUUACAAGUACUUUCUGUACAGCCACAUUCGGUUCACCAUUCUGUACAACAACGACCGAGUGAUCGAGAUCGAUGCUCACGCUGCCGUCGACGCUGUGGUCGACGUUACGGAGGAUGAGGACACCGAAGUGGAGUUCCUCUACUCGGUGAAGUGGGAGGGGACGAGCACGCCCUUUGCGAGUAGGAUGGACAGGUUUCUGCUGCCGUCGAUGCUGCCUCACCAGUUGCGGAUCCACUGGUUCUCAAUCAUAAACUCGUGCGGGACUGUUCUGCUGCUCGUGGGGUUUUUCGGCACGAUCUUGUUGCGGAUACUGAAGAAUGAUUUUCGCCGGUAUGCUGAGGAUGACGAAUCGGGAGAAGAUCAAGAUGAAACCGGAUGGAAGAAUAUUCACGGUGACGUCUUUAGGUUUCCGAUGAACAAGUCGCUGUUCGCUGCGUUCAUCGGUUCUGGCACCCAGCUAAUUGCUCUGACGAUUUCCAUUUUUAUCCUUGCUAUAAUCGGAGUGUUCUACCCGUACAAUCGCGGAGCCCUUUUCACGGCAUUGGUUGUUAUUUAUACGCUUACAUCCGGCAUUGCCGGUUAUGUUGCAGCUAACUUCUACCGUCAAAUUGAAGGAACAAACUGGAUUAGGAAUUUGCUUCUGACAGGAUGUCUCUUUUGCGGCCCCCUAUUCGCAACAUUCUGCUUCCUCAACACUGUCGCCAUCUUAUACAAUUCUACAGCUGCAUUACCGUUCGGCACGAUCACAGUCAUUCUCCUCGUCUGGGUGUUAGUGACCUUACCUUUGCUUAUUCUAGGCGGAAUCGCCGGUAAAAACAGCAGGGUAGAGUUUCAGGUUCCUUGUCGCACAACGAAAUACCCCAGAGAGAUCCCACAACUCCCUUGGUGUCGCGGGACGGUUCCACAAAUGGCGAUAGCCGGGUUCCUUCCAUUUUCCGCUAUCUACAUGGAACUUUAUUACGUAUUCACGAGUAUCUGGGGUCAUAGAGUUUACGCGGUAUACAGUAUCCUCUUCCUAACUUUCGUUAUUUUGGUUAUCGUCACGGCCUUCGUUACGGUGACAUUGACUUAUUUUCAACUUGCUGCUGAAGACCAUAAAUGGUGGUGGAGGUCUUUCCUCUCUGGUGGAUCGACCGGUUUAUUCAUCUACGGUUACUGCUUCUACUACUACUACGCGAGAUCGUACAUGUCGGGAUUCAUGCAAACAUCCUUCUUUUUCGGGUACAUGGCCUGCGUCUCCUACGGCUUCUUCCUCAUGCUCGGGACCGUCGCCUUCCACUCCGCCUUGUGCUUCGUUCGCUACAUUUACCGUAGCAUCAAAUGCGAAUAAUCAAUCACUUAGUUUUCGAUAUUUGUUAG